AUGGCGCCGACGAAGUUGUUCGGCGACUUACCCUCGAAUGCGGCUGCAAACAUUGUCUCUUUCGAUUUACACAUCCCGACAUCUGAUGUCGAUCACAUGCGAAAUCUUCUGAAGCUGACUCCCGUGGCCAGUCCUGUAUACGAGAACUCUCUCCCAGAUGGAGGCCGACAUCUGGGUCUCCGCAGGGAUUGGCUCGUUGAAGCCAAGCGAGUAUGGGAGACAGAGUUUGACUGGCAUGUUACCUGCGUUAAUUCGAAUUCGUUUGCUGACCUCGGGUGCAGGAGGAAGACAGAGGAUCGUGUCAACUCUUUUCCUAAUUUCACUGCCCCAAUCGACGACCAGCUGGGAUCGUUCAAUAUUCACUUUGUGGCGUUCUUCUCCAGGAGGCAUGAUGCGGUUCCUGUUGUCAUGCUUCACGGGUGGCCUGGCUCUUUCUUGGAAUUUCUUCCUCUGCUGGAGCUGUUCAGGCAGAAAUUCACCCCAGAAACACUGCCAUAUCAUCUUGUGGUUCCUACUCUGCCGGGAUUUACCCUUUCGAGCGUCCCACCUAUCAAUCACGAUAUCAGUCAGAUAGAUGUGGCAAGAAUCAUGAACACAUUGAUGCAACGACUAGGUUUCGAUUCGUACAUCGCCCAAGGCGGCGAUGUCGGAUCGCGAGUGGCCAGGAUAAUGGCCGCUGAGCACGAUGCUUGUAAAGCAGUGAACUUUUGCUUGAUAAAUCGGCCUGCAUCAGCGACGGACGACUCGACCCUAUCCAAGAUCGAGCAAGAGGGAGUCAAGCGCCAAGCGAUCUGGAGAGCAACGGAGGCUGCCUAUGCCCUUGAGCAUGGAACAAAACCCAGCACAGUCGGCUUCGUCUUGAGCAGCAACCCCGUGGCACUGCUGUCUUGGUACGUUGCGCCAACUGACAUCUCGUUCGCGGCUAAACAUCUCAGGAUUGGGGAAAAGUACUUGACUUGGACAGACGAUCCUCUCCCUCUGAACACCAUCCUCGAGUCCGUCAGCCUUUAUUGGCUCAGCAAGCGUGCCCAUAGCAGUUUGUGGUCAUAUCGCCAUACCUACGGUCCAAAUCCCAUACCACAUGAUGAUCCAAGACAUCAUAUCAAGGUACCUAUGGGCUAUUCUUACUAUCCGAUGGAGCUCAUUCCAAUCCCAAUAUCGUGGGUGGCGACGACAGGGAAUCUAGUUUGGAGCAAGAUUCACAAGAAAGGCGGACAUUUUGCAGCCUUAGAACAACCUAGGGACUUCAUGGAAGAUCUCGAGGCGUUCAUCGCCAGUGUCUGGAGUCGUUCCGCGCAGUGA